AAUCAACACAGUUUAAAAUAUAAUUAAGGAAAGAUUUUACAUUAUUUAAUAUUAGUUGACUAAAUUUCAAAAUUCUACAGUUAAUAUUAUUCUUGAGCUAAUUUUUCUAUACUGAAGCCAGAACUUCAUAAGAUUUUUAAUUUUACUUUAGCUAGGCAAAGGUUUUUAGUGGGUGUGGACACGGAAGGAAGCGGAAGUUAACUUUGACUACUAUUUUACUACUGAGCUUUAUAUUUAGAUCUAGUUUCGUUCUAGCUAGGAGUCAGGAAGACUGGGUGAUAUGAUGGCAAUAGUUGAAACUAAUGAGAUGAGAAGGUCUUAAAAAUGAGUCUGCCACCAAAAGAUAAAGACUUAAAAGGAUGGCUAAAACGAAAAGGUGGACGGAUGAAUAUUUGGUCUCGUCGAUGGUUUGUUUUGUCAGACAAGUUUCUGUUUGUAUACUUGCGAGAUGAAGACAAAAAGUUUAAUGACUGCAUAUCACUUGAUGGCCAGAUUAUUACAGAACCAGCAAUUGACCAAAACUCAAAUGAUCCUAAGAAGUUUUAUUUUGACAUAGUCAGCACUAAUAGUGGGGUUGACAAAAAUCAAGUAGAUGUCAUUUCCUUGUGUGCAGAAACUGAAGAAGAAAAGAAAAUAUGGGUGCGUGCUUUAAAAAGAGCACUUUAUGCUGAUAAGGGUGGAGCUUUGUUUAGUCAAAGUUUGCAAGAAAUUUUAUACUGGGAGCGAGCAGAAAACAGGAGAAUACCUUACAUUGUGGAUGAAUGUGUAGAGUACUUGUACAAGUAUGGGCUUGAUGUUGAAGGGAUUUUCAGGUUGCCUGGGCGCCAGUCUGCAAUUAAAGACAUCAUUGCCAGGUUUGAGAGGGGCGAGAAAAUCAGGUUUGAGGAUGAGAGUGUUGAUGUUCACGUGGUGGCCUCAGUGCUUAAAACUUUCUUGAGAGACCUCCCUGAUUCCAUCAUACCCUGCAAGUUCUACCAGAAGGUGAUGAACAUAGCGCUACGGUUCAUGGACUCGUCUGAUGCUGAGGUCAAGGCCAAGUGUACAGAUGAGUUGGCCGAGUGUAUGAAGUUGAUACCUGAGGAUAACUAUGUCAUACUUAAGUAUGUCUGUCGCUUUCUUAGAGAGGUUGGCCUACGUGAAGCUUCCAAUAAGAUGUCCAUGAUGAGUUUAGGAACUGUUUUUGGUUACAAUAUAAUUCGGCACAUCGAUAAGGAAAACUCGCAGCUAUUUCUGUGUACUGCAGACCUGGGGCAGAACCUGGUGUACAUGUUGUUGGAAUAUUUUCCUAAGGUGUUUAUGCUGGAGUACAGUGACAAGGGGGAUACUGCCAACAACGUCCCCACUGGUGACCUCCUUAGGAUGUCCCGUGUCCUUGACAUUCCAUCCGUUAUCCCAGACAGACCAUUUAUUCGCCCUGAUCUUCUAGGCCUGAACUUGAACCUGAACUCUACAUCGUCCCCGACCCCUAGUAGUGGCAGGGGUUCUCACAGUUCUUUAAGUGUCAGUGAUGAUUACCAUUUAGCUAAUUCUUGUGCAGUGAAGGACACUGGAGAAGAUGUUGAUUCUAAUGACAAUGUGUUUUUUAGCCAGUCUGAUAUAGAUGAUGUUGUAAUUAGAAGUAAAAAACUGCAGCUGAGGAUCCCUGAGCCGCAUGACUCGUCUGAUCCCGGCUCCAUCAAUCUCAGGGACGGUAACCCUCCCAUACCCCCCAGGAGAAAGUCUAGAGUUUUAAGAAAUAGAAAUGUUGAACGUAGGGAUGUAGACGGUGAGAGGUCUCCUAUCAGCCCAGCUGUUUUAAAUCCAGAUGACGUCAUGAUGGCAUUAGCAAACGUUCCCAGCAAUGCAAAUAUUUCUAGUCCGUCGUUAACUAAAAAAAGCCCAGACGCAUCCAACCUAAGUCUGGCACCUGCGCUCAACGGCUCUGCUGGGAAUUUAAAAGAAAUUGUCCCAGAAAAAGAGGCACCUUGUCUUAAAGUUUAUGAAGAAGAUGGAAAGGUGGGGCCUACUACAAACGAACUGCGCAUCCAAGUUACAGCAUUGAAAGAGGAGCUGACCAUGAAAAGAGACAGGUACAAGGAGCAGGUGAAUGCCUUGAAAAACCAGCUGACGGACAUGAAGGAGAAGUACGAGCGUAGGAUUGAGACAAUGCAAGUUGAGUUUAACUCGCAAAAACAGGAGCUGGAGAAAAACUUAGCUCUGGAGAAAAGCUCCCACCUCCGUACUAUCUCGCAGUUGUCAGAGGCUAAAGAACUGCUCGGCAAGUAUCAGUCAAAGUAUGGGCAGUUCAAUGAGGACUCUCCUCUACAUUGAGUUUUGUUUUUAUUGUAUACUGUUGUUUGAUGUAGGUGUCUGACCUAUUUUUCAUUGGCUGUAGGGUUUAGCUGAAGCCACAACAUGUUUCACACACUGGUGUAUAUUGGCCAAUUAUUUAAAAACUAUGUAAAUCGUGUUACUAUGGUAACAGCGGUUCUGACUUGCCAUUUUUUGUUACAAGAACAGACAAGGGACUGGUAAGACAAGUGCGGGAACUUAACAAGUACUAAAUAUGAAAUGUUUGGUUUUAUUGAAAUAAGUAGCAACAUGAAGUUUUAUUUGUGAUGUGAUGUACACAUUGCAAAUUUAAUUCUGAUCAAAGUGUGGCUAACAUUUCAAGAAAAUGAUCAAGUCAAACUUUAAAGACAAGGAUGGCAUGUCUAGCCAGUGGUCAUCUAGUGGUCUAGUAAUUUAAAGAUGAGUGGAACAUUGUGGCUGCAGUUUCCCAACACAGCGUCCAUGGUAAGAUUGUUGAUGUAAACAGUAUUUUUUAAAUUUUUGCCUAGUAUUCAUGGGGGCAUUCUGUUACUGCAGAAUUUAUAAAGGUAGACAAUAGUUUUUUUAUAUAGUUCUCUCAGAAGUUUCUGUAUCAUGACAUUUGUUUUUAUAGUUCUGGUGGUAGGUUAUUUGCAGUUUAGCUUGUAUGUGUUCUUACACCACAUUUACAUUUGCAACAUGUAUACUAAUACUAUACAUGUCUAAAACCAAGUAUACGUGUUCUGUGAGAAAAAUGUUUUCGUACAAUAUUAACUUAUUGCAAGUUUUUUCUUCUAAAAAUGUAUAUUAUUUGUGUCGCUAGUGAAAAUGCUUUGUAAAUCUGUUAAUUAUAAAUAGUGUAUUGGAAAAUUGAUAACUUGCUUGGUUCAAAAUAAUUUUUAAGUAACAAAACAUCUUAUUUGUACACAUCACUGUAAUGGCUGUCAACGCACAUCUAAAUACUGAAAUACAAAAAUGUUUUUACCCUAAUGUCAAACUAUCUAAUAUGAAUAAUAAAUGAUAUUCACUUGUAAUGGUAGGUACAAACAUUAACCCAACAAUUUAGAUUAUGGAAUCCUCCAUACAUGAUGUCACAAAAAGUGAGAUCCCACCCCAAUAAUGUACUGACCUGGCCUCAUUAUUCCAUAUCUCAAAAGUCUGAACCCACCCUCCCUGGCCAUGCUAAAAUAUUUAUGGAUUUGACUACUAUAACUUCACUAAACAUCCAGAAAAUAAAUUGUAAGAGAUUAAAAACAGGACUGUUUGAAUGUUUUGAACCACAUCUUUCUAUUAUACCCACAUUAUGAAGAGUAAGUCUACAUUUCUCGUAUAAGUUAUGGUAGACAGCGAAGCAGUUUGGGAAAAAAAAAACAGCCAUUUCUAAAAUUAUUCCACUCAAAUUGAAUUAAUACUCAAAUCAUACAAUCAUUUAUCUUUGUUAAUGAAGAUUUAAUAAUAAAAAAUAUUUUAAAAUACUGUAUUUAAUUUAGCAUAAUAUAGUUUACAACAUAUCUUAUUUAAUAAGCAGCUCAAGACAUUUAAAAUAUAAUUUUCUUGUCAGCAUUUUUGCUGCUAGUAAUUUAUUGGGAUUGAACAUUCCAGCAUUGAUUGAAAAGAUAAACCACUUCAUUGUAUGUGGAAAUCUAUCUUUGCUAAUUAAAUUAUUAAUGAAGUCAUCAUGAUGUAAUUUUAAUGGAAAAGGUUUUUUUUAAACAAUUCUUUGUCCAUACUUGCUUUUUUUAACCUUCAUUGGGGAUGUAUUUUACUCAUUUUUAAAAAAAAAACCUUUUCUCUCAUUUAAUUAAUUUUUCUUCCAGCAAUUUUUAUGAUAUUAGUUUUAACUUUGAUAACAAUAUGUUGUAUGUGCCUUAACAUAUUUAUCUCUUGAAACUUACAUAUCUUCAUCAUUAGUAUUUUAAUGAGUGUUCAGCCAUGUUAUGAAUUGAUUCUAUUUUAGUUCAGUCUAAAGCUAGAGAAACAUGAAAACAAAAGUGUAAAUAUUUAAAGAAGUCCUAUUAGCUUGAGCAUAGAGCAUUUAAUUAUUGCUGGUACUGUAGCUGGCUAUGGUUCUGGCUGCUAGCUCCUAUACUAACCUGAUGGGUUUGCUUCCUACAACAUCAUACUGAUUUAGUGACUCAUUACCUUAACUCACUGGGACAGCUUUUUGACUUACCUCGCAUGAAAUUUUACCCAAAAUAUUGUUAACAUACUUAGCUUAUAUUUUUAAAUCAAUAAAUACUCAUAAAUUUUUUUAAAAAUUCUGUUUGUUAAAUUGCUUAGGAUUUGAUAUUCUACUUUGUAUAGCCUGCUUAUGUCAACAUUUUAGCUGCAAUAUUUUCUUGCCAACUCUUCUACAACUUUCAAAUCUUGUCUUUCCAUUCCCUUAGAAUGUAUCAAGUUUUACUUUUAGUAAAAACAAAACAGUUUGCUCAAUAAAUUGAGACCAAGACCUGAAAAAUCAUACCAAUAUUUUGUGUUCAUUUUUUUCUAAACUUACUCAAUGCUAAUAUUUACAAUAUUGGAACUGAUUGCCAUUCAUUGUUAAUGUAUUAAAGUGUGAUAUGUUAAGAAUUUUUUCUGCUCAUAAAUCCUGAUUUAAACAGCACAAAAAUGUAUAUUAUCUAAACUGUGAUUCUCACAUACUUUAAAAACAAAAUUUAGUCUGUAUGAUUGUAAAGCUGCUAAAUUUUUUUUAUAUCUGCUGAAGCAAAAAUUUAUUUUGCCAAAAUUAUAUUCAUGUUUGUGGACACCUGUAAUAAAAAUAUCAAAAAUUAAUUUAAUUUCUGCACCCAACUAACAUUUUUUCUUGUGAAUAGCCAUUUACUUUUGAUUUAAGCACCCUGUUUUUUACAUGUCAGUGCCUUCAUUUGUUACCACCCAAUACCUGAAUAUUUACCAGUAUUAACUUGUUUGGAUGUUAGCUUGGCUUUUGUUAAUGGGUCUCCUGUAUCAGUGUUUUGUGGGUCUCACAUUGAUAUAUUGUGGGACCCACAUUGAUAUAUAUUGUUGGUC